GGGUCCAUAGAUCUUGUCUUGUUUUUUGAGAAUCCAGCAUUUUCCAGGUUGGUUUCUCGAGUCUUUGGACGGAAAACGUGCACGAGAUAAACCAUCUUUCUCACUGGUCACUGGUCACCUAUACGGAGCACAAUUCAACUUGUUCCCGUCUUCACCAUCCUCAUCCUCAUCGUGCUGAAGGUUUAGGGUGAGAACGUGACAGGAUCCAGCCGGAGCCAAACGGAGCGGCAGCGCCACGGAGAGCUCAUGACCAGGCUGUGAUGCACACGGGUGACGCCGCGCUCCUGUAGUCGCACAAGCAAAGACUGGCGUGGGAUCAGUCCCUGCUGCGCCUCAUCUGGAAUAACGUCGGGAAAAUCGAGACAUUUCAUUAAGCGGGGCGCGCGCGCGUGUGUUUGUGUCCGUGUGUGUUUGCGAAGGAGGGCGAACGGUGUUUAGAAUAAUCCCUUUUGGGCGAACGUUUCCAAAAGGGGGGGUUUUUCUGUACUUUGCAGAAGCCAGAGCCGCUUUAUUCCGCUAGAGAAUCUCCAGAUAUUGGCCGUAUUCAGGAAUCAUGGGGAAGCAAAACAGCAAGCUGACUCCCGAGGUGAUGGAGGAUUUGGUGAAGAACACGGAGUUCAAUGAACACGAGCUGAAGCAGUGGUACAAAGGCUUCCUGAAGGACUGCCCCACCGGCAGGCUGAACCUGGACGAGUUCCAGCAGCUUUAUGUGAAGUUCUUCCCGUACGGCGACGCCUCGAAGUUUGCACAGCACGCCUUCAGAACCUUCGACAAAAACGGAGACGGGACCAUUGAUUUCCGAGAGUUCAUCUGCGCCCUGUCCAUCACUUCCCGCGGCAGUUUUGAGCAGAAACUCAACUGGGCUUUCAACAUGUAUGACCUGGAUGGUGAUGGAAAAAUCACCAGAGUGGAGAUGCUGGAGAUAAUCGAGGCUAUCUACAAAAUGGUGGGCACUGUGAUCAUGAUGAAGAUGAACGAGGACGGCCUGACACCAGAGCAGAGGGUGGACAAGAUCUUCAGCAAAAUGGAUAAGAACAACGACGACCAAAUCUCGUUGGAGGAGUUCAAAGAGGCGGCGAAGAGCGACCCGUCCAUCGUGCUCCUGUUGCAGUGUGACAUGCAGAAGUGAGCCGUCCCCGCUCGCUCCUCUCCCCAUCUGUAUCCACACACUCUGGACUGCAGCACACGUUUUAAUGUCUCAUUAGGUUCUCUGCCAUUUCCACAGGAAAAACAAAACAAAACAAUGCUUGGACUAUUUUUCAAUGGACUUGCUUCUUGUGGUUGUAUGCAUGAGAAUGUCAAAUGCAGAAUAAUUUUGAAAAUAGCUAUACGACAUCAUAGAUUUCUAUCUCCAAACACGCAAAUGUGAUUCGUGCACAGUAACCCUUUACAUUCUCAUCCAACCUUAGCUUGUAUAUCAGUGGAGCACUGCAUUGAAUUAUGUUCCUGCAGUAUUUAGGAUCCCCAGUGUUCACUGCUGCAACUACUGUAUGCUUUACAUAAUAGUAACAAAACAAUAAUUCCUAUGAUAAUUGUAACUGUCUCUACUAUCCAGACUUGUUGAGCUCUUGGAGAAUAGGAAGGCUCCUGUCUGUUCCAGAUGUUUCCACAAGAUGGAACCAAGAAGAGUAGGUUCUUUGCAUGCAUAUAUUAAGUGUCAGAAAAUAUAAUCUCUUACCUUUUGCAUUUCUAGGUGGCUAUAAGAGAAACCCUCAUGCUAAAUUCAUUUAGUAUUGUUGCAUGGGCUGUACAGUAUGUGACUCAUUAGAUCAUUAGUUUACCUAAAGUAAUGUGGGAGCAUGCUUCCCUCCAUCCAAAACACAUUUUGUGACACUUGAGUUUUUUGUUUUUUUAAGGUAUUCGGGUUCCAGUUGUGGGUUAAUCUCAAGGGAAAAGCUUUUACGUGGACAUUGUAUCAUGUUUUGCUUCAGUGACUUCUGGGAUGGGCAAAAAUAUAUUUAUGGAACAUAAUUCCCUUUCGAUCACAUUGUGCUAAUGCCGCUCAACCAGGAGGAAAGGCCAAAAUUAAAGCCUUCAUAGACACAGUACUCCUCAAUUGGCUUUCUUUCUAAUGCUGCUUAUUUAAUUUAGACUCAAAACGGAAAAAAAACUACAAAAAAAGGAUUUACUUAAGUUAACUCUUAACUAACUUUAAUGAGUACAUAUCAACAUGUUUACAGAAAUGAAGAGCACUGCAAAACGAGUAGUCUCGGCUUUUGACCCUGUUGCUGUGAGCUCACUCUCGGGGCUAGGGACCUUGUGAGAGGGGCUCCACUUCCAAUGCAGCAAAAAAAUACACAAAAAAAAUACAAAAAAAAAAUAGGGGAGGAAAAAGCCUCACAUAUGUUUACGGGACACAUUGCAUUCCUUGGUGUGAAUCUUUUUUGUAAGGAGAAACUUUUUAUUGAAAGAUCUCAUGUUCUAACGCGUUCUGUUUGCAGCAGUCAUUAAAGAUGCCGGACCCUCAGGAGAGCCGCUUAAGAACGCCUUUGAAAGAGGGUUUCGCUGCUAGUUGACCGGUGGUGUGACACUAAUGCAGAAAUUCUCUUUCAACAGUGUUCGACUCCCCCUUUGUAGGCUAUGCAAGCACGGACUGGGAGUCUGCUUGUAGUCCACUUACAGCAGUGGAAGUUGCAGGAGCUUUUUCGUUGUUCUGUGUAUCAAAACUGAAAACCAACCCCUCACAUUAUCAGUGUCUGCAUUAUUUCUAAAUUUCCAUCCGCUCACCAUGUCAGAAUUUUUUUUUCUUUUUUGGUCGAGUCAAUGUUUAUAUUAAAUAUAUAUAUAUAAAAAAAGAAAGUCAUUAUACAAGUGACUGUAUUCUUUUAUACAUGUGGCAUGUGUUGCACCCAAAUUGAAUUCUGUAGUGAUUAAAAGUGAAUAAACCACCAACAGGCUUUUUUCAAAAGACACAGGCCGGCAGAUGGAGUUACUGGGAACAAAGACAAAAAAAAAAAAAAAAGCAGUUGGAAGACAAACUGAAGGAAAAACCAACAUAAGAGCAUCUCAGUACAUUUUUAAUGCUUUGCAAACAAAAGUAAUCCCUGAUGCUCCGCGGGUGGGGAGAGACCUCCUCCCAUCAGGAUAGAAAUGUCUCAUCAGCCACAUCAAACUGUGCCGGCGAAAUGCCUCCUACCCUCACUGAAGGUGUCAGCGGUUGUGUUUUUCCUUUAACUCACCAUCACUCUGUUUGUACAGUGUAAGAAUGCCUGAUUGAAACAUGAUUGAUUUCAUCUGGUGGGUUCCUCUUGGAAUUUAUCAUAACAUUGGCUGGAGUUUUGGCAGAAACAAGGAUAAAACCUACAACCCUAAACAAUGGAGAAAAAAAAAGAUGGGAAUUAUAUGGAGAAUGUAAAAAAAAAAAAGAAAAAAAAUAUGAUUGUUACAUAAGUUUUGACUAUUGCUCCAUAAAACGUGAACACAAGAAACUUAAUGUUUUACUUAAAUCUCAUUUCAAAUGCAUCAUUACGGAA